CACGGCGGGCUGGGCGGUCUCAUCGACGGGCUGGGCAGCGUGUUCGAUGUGCUGCUGGCCAACGCCAGGCUGGUGCUGGGCGUGAGCGGCGCGGCCGUGCUGGCCAUCGCCACGCUGGCCGUCAAGAGGCUGAUUGACCGAGCCACCAGCCCUCGGGAUGAAGGUGAUCCCAAAGCUGAGCAGAAGACCCUGGAGGAGACCUGGCAGGACUUGGCCUUGAUCAAGACUACACCAAAGCCCCCCAAGAAGCAGAGAAGGGAAGACCUCAGCGAGCCCCUGCUCUCCCCAGCUCAGCCGCUGGUGCCAGAUCCCAGGGCAUGCUCUGCCUCUGUGGGGGCUCCUCGGGUGAAGUCCAGCCCUCUGCGCUGCCUCACGCUGCAGGAGAAGCUCCUCUCACACCACAGCAGCCGUCUGGCCGUGCCCGAGAUCCAGGUGUCCCUCGUCCCUCAGCUGGCCAGGAGCAUCAGCACCCAACUGCAGAACUUCCUGCGGAGCAAGUGCCCAGAGCUGCCCUUCGGCCGCCUCUUCCUCAGCGGAGCCCUCCUGGACGGCCUGGAGGUCCUGGCAGCCGACCACAUCCACCUCAUGCUGCCCGUGGUCCUCGACGCCGGGCUCUGGAGCCUCAUCCCGGGAGAGGACACCGUGGUGAGGAACCCCCAGUACUGGAUGAUCAAGAGGGUCGAUCUGGGGUAUUUCCCCCGUGGGUGCAGCCCCUGGGACAGGUUUAUGGUGGGCCGGUACCUCUCCUCCAACGUGCUCAAUGAGACCCUCCACAAGAUGCUGGUGGCCUCCAUCAACUGGCCUGCCAUCGGCGGCCUGCUGGGAUGUGUCAUCCACCCCGUCGUGGCCUCCCGGGAGCUGAAGCUGGAGGUCAAACAUGAUCAGGUCGAGCUGAGCAUCACCCUCUUCCCAGUGGUGGAAAUGGAGGACAAGGUUCUUCUGGCUGUUCCUCCUGAGGGACUGGUGGAAAACCUCUGGCUCGAGAGCUUUUACAGGGCAGAGGUCUCGAAGGUGAAGGAGCUGGAUGCCGGCGACUCCGGGGCUCGGCAGCGCUGCCUCCGCAUCCUGAACGGUGUCUGCAGGAGCCACCCCACCCUGCACAAACUGGGGGGCAGCCCCGUGACCCACGUCAUCCUGCACCUCAGUGACUCCGGCUCCGACUGGGCAGAGGGAAGCCUGGCUGACAGGUUCCAGCAGGUGCUCGAGGAGCUGGUGGCCUACCUGGAGAAAGGGGUCCUGCCUUCCUAUUUCAACCCCAAAAUCAACCUGUUCUCCGGGCUGUUGGAAGAGGAAAUCGAUGAGAUGGGCUUUGUGCUCUACAGGGCCAUGUCUGAGCCGGAGCUCCUGCUGGAGUGACCAGUGCGUCGGGAGCUCCCGGAUGUGGGAUGUUCCUCACCCGCCUGCUGAUCCCUGCUGUGAGGGCUGCCAUGCUUCUAGUUGACUAGUCAGUAAGAGGCAAAGUUCUUGCACUUUAUGAGGAAAAAAAUAAAAAUGGUUCCUGUGUGAAUAAAACGGGCCUGAGCAGAGGUGGGUGUUGGCAGAAGGAGCCUUUGGCUGGGAGGCUCUGCCAAACCCGGGGCGAGGGCAGCCCAAACCUGGAGUACCCACAGGUGAGUCCCGUGUGCUGGGAGCCAAGGGAAGCAUGUUUACUCUCUGGUUCCCAGUGUCCUCUGCCUCUCCCAGCUCUCAGGCUCCCCUUGUGCUCCCAGACCAGCUGGAGCUGGAGAGCAGCUCCUUCCUGCUGCUGUGUCCUGCAGGCCCCUCAGGUGCAGCGCCCUGGGUGGGUCCUUUCACCAGCACUUGGUCUUACUGUGCCAGCACUUGGGACAGGGUGGCAGAGCCUCACCUGCCUGUAGGAUAUUGCCAAUCCAAAAUAUGCCCUAUGGAUGACCUGGGUGGUUGUCUGGGCACUGGGUGGUACGGCCAUAGCAAAUGGGGCUGGGGGUUUAUUCCUUGGAAACCCUUUCAGCUGCCAAAAGGAGCGAGCUCAGCUCUACCUCUUUGUUCCCCCCGAGGAAGGGGUUUGCUUCCAGCACAGAGCUGGGGCUUCAUGGCUCUUUUCCCACGCAGUGUUUUGCUGGAAGAUGUCCUGAAAAAGAGCUGCUGGCUCUGGGGAGGCUCCUGGUGUCAGUCCCUUGGAGGCUGCAGCAGGGCUGUGUCCCCUCCCCGGUGGGCACAGUGUCACUUCCAGUCUGUCUGGUCACCUUUUCACACAUGUAUUGCUGCUGUCUUGAGGUCCUUUUUCCCUGGAGCCCCACGAUAUGGGGUGGAGAAGCAGGGCAGGAAUGAUGCUGUAAGCAGAGUGCUUGCAAGAACUGAAGUGGUUUAUGCUUUUUAUUAAGAAAAUAUGUUUUGUUUGGGUAUUUUGUUGGGGUUUUUUGGUUUUCUUUUUGAGUGGCUGCUAGUAGGGUUUGGUCUGGCUCUAGUCCCAGGGCAAAGGAAUUUAUUCUUAUAUUUAAUGGGAGGAGCUGGCUUUGCACAAGGGUGGAGCUGGAGAAAUCCUGUGGACUUCAGCGUGAGCGGCUGUUGUGGUUUAAUUUUCUUUAUAACUAUCAUCUUGUUUAUGGGAGGAAAAAAACCUGCUUUUCCUCCCUGUCUGACGAUUACUUUGUUCCUCCAAACCACUUCCCAGGUGUUAGUGAUGAGAAUAAACCUUCCCUGUGCACACUGG